AUGUUCAAAUAUGCAGCUUUAGAUGGCAAAUACUAAGGAAUUAUACGAGAUCCCAAAGAAUUUUGGGCUUUCAUGAUGGAAGAGGGAGUAAUGCAUUUCUUAGUUGAUACUUAUGAUGAGAAGAUGAAUGAAAUAGAGAGUAUAUCGUAGAAAGAUUAAACUCUGGCGGAUGAAUUUUCAAUAAUUAAGACUAAUAUGAUGAAAAUUAGAUAGCUUAUUAAUAUAUUGGAAAGGGAUUUUAGAGUAUAGAAAGGGUAUUUAAAUUUAGAUAGGUAUAGAACACUUUUAAUUAGGAUAGAAGAAAUAAUACCGAAGAGGAAGAUUAUCAAGUUCGGUGAAAAUUUUAAAAUUGGACUUGAUUAGAACCAUAAAGUGCAUGUCGAGAAAUAUAAUACAGUUUCAGAGGAUCUUGUAGGUGAAGGGUUUUAGGAUGUCGAAGAUACUAAUAAAAAUGAGACAGAAUUUAAGAAGGUUUUGAGAAUUUUUUUAAUGAGAAAUAGAAUGGAAAUAAAAAUUAUGUUAAUGAAGAGAUGGUUGUGA